AGCACCGCCCGCCCACUCCGCUCCUCCGCCCUUCCGCCCUCUUUUUCACUCUUAUUCUCCCUAUUUCCCCCGUUCUCGCCGCAUUCCGGUCCCCUCUUCAUCCCGGUGGCAUUCGACCUUUUCUAACCUCCCGAAACAACCUCCGUCCCUUCAAUCUAGCCCUCGGUCCGGACUUCUUUCGGGUAAUCCCCUCUUUCUGUUGCCGUAUAUUUAUUUAUCAUGGCGGGGAGGCCGAGCAACAGGUCGAGCGGGCCAACGUCUACCGCGUCGUCGGGCGCGCCUCGCCAGAACGAGUACUUUGUUCCUCGUGACGGCAUCGAUCGAGAAGUCAUCACAUCAGAUAUUUGCCGCUACCUUGGAAACGAUGCAUUAGUGCGCCCGGGCACGUACGAGUCACCAGAUGGACGCAUCACACAAGGCUACUACAUUACCGCCUAUCGGAACUUGACAUCGGCAAUGAUCCAAGACCUCAAGGCCGACUCCGCGCGGUGGGAGCAGGAGAGGCGUGCCGCGUCGAGAACUUCAGGCGGCGGCGCUGGAGGCUCCCGGGAGCCCCGCGGACAAGACUACAGCUCCUGGAAGAAUAGCCAGCGGGAAGCACAAUACGACGCCCAGUACGGCGGAUCUUCCAUGGAUAUUGACUAUGCCCCCCCUCCAGGCACCGCCGCUACUCCCGUCUAUACAGGACAACAGUACGCGGGACCCCCUCCCGCCAACUACCCCCCGGCCACGUACCCGCCGCCGGUACAUCCUCCUCCUGCACAGUACCAGACACAGCCCGGUUACGCAUAUCCACCAAAUCCUCCUCCCCCAGCGCAGUACUCUCCACCCCCCCAAACUUCGGGCGACAGACACCCUGGGAUCCACGCGCCUCCCAUCUCUGGUUCGUAUAGCCAGGACCCCGGUGCCUAUGUCUAUGGGUCGAACUACCAAGCCGUCGGGGGUUAUCCCGCUCCCGGACCGAACAGGAUGCAGCCACCCGUGCCUCAUGGCUCUGCCCCUCCCCCAAGGACUUACAAUGCUCCCCCUACAGGUUCUCCUGGCUAUGGGACAGAACCAGAUUACGCUUACCCACCGCCGGUCGGAACGCCUGCCAACCAAAGUUACCCGAUUGAUCCCGCCUACGGCCGCGGUGCGUAUACUACAGCAACAACCAAACCUCCCGAGGCUUCGUCUGAUGUUUUAGGCUCUCCUGCAGGUCCGACACAACGGCCGGCUUAUGCAUCUCCCCCGGAACCUCCGUAUGACGCUCACCAAACUCCUGCGCUGCAGCCUUCGACCACGCCCACCACGACUGCCCCGGCCCCGCUUCCUACUGGCAGUGCACCGCCCCCGCGCCGUGACCCACUUCGGGACUCGGAGCCGAGGGACCCAAGGGGGGCCCGCCGCCCAGAACCCGAACGUGAGGACCGGGACCGGGACCGGGACCGGAAUCGCCACCACCGCCGCUAAUUGCCCAGGAGCCUCGGGACUUGAUUUGAGUCUUCUCCAACCUGGACUUUCCUGGACUUUCUUGGACCUCCCUGGACCUUCCUGGACCAUCCCACACCGGACACAUGGCUCUCAUGAACGUUUUGAUGUUUAUGCUUGUUAAUACCUUGGGACGCCGGGACGAGUCCCUUGACCGUCCCUUUCCUUUUCUU